GUCAAAUCGAUGUGUACGGAAGAGCUGCAGCAGCGUGUUGAACGGUUGAAGGGUGAAAACAGCAAUGUUCAAACACGUUUUUCUGACAGGACCUCCAGGUGUAGGGAAAACCACCCUGGUCCAAAAAGCCUGUGAGGCUUUAGUGUCAUCAGGAGUGGGAGUUGAAGGGUUUUACACAGAGGAGGUCAGGGAGGGGGGCCGGAGAGUCGGCUUUGAUGUCGUUACAGUGACAGAAGAAAGGGGCCACCUGUCCAGAAUCAGAGACAAUGCUAGCGUGUCUCAUGGCAGACGGGAAUACACAGUCGGACAGUAUGUGGUCGACUUGCCUUCAUUUGAAAAUCUGGCUCUCCCCCUCUUCAGAAAUGUCGGGUCAGCAGAUGGGAGCAGCAGGAAGGUGUUUGUCAUUGAUGAGAUUGGAAAAAUGGAGCUCUUCAGCCAAUCGUUCAUCAGGGCAGUGAGACAGACUUUAGAUAGCUCUUCCUGCACAAUCUUGGGCACCAUCCCUAUCCCUAAGGGCAAACCUCUGGGUCUGGUCGAAGAGGUGCGAAGCAGGAGAGACGUCAAGGUCUUCACUGUGUCUAAGGAGAACAGAAAUGUGAUUCUACAAGACAUUUUAGCAACACUGCAGGAAUGUUUAAAGCAUGCAGCCUAAUAUGGAGAUCCAGAGUCAGUGUAAGGGAAAACCCCUGCAGUUUGUGUGUGUUUCUGCUGACGCCAAGUUUUAUGUGUGUCAGCACAUACACAGUUCACACAGCCACACUUUUAAGUGGAUCUACACACGCUUCACAACAGGGUUACGACCUAAGUUGAGGGGCAUCCCGAGCUGCUGGAAGAAUUGGUGUGUCACAUGCAUAUAUUUAUGUACACAAUUCAUUUUUUUUCCUUCUCAUACAGCCUCAAAAUGGAUCACAUGCUGAAUAAUUGAUUGUGAGAUGGAACACAGCAGGGGAAUUGUUCAUAGUGUGUAAAUACUCCUUACUCUCUGAAACUGCUUGGUCCUCAAAAACACGCUUUCUGUUUAACUGUAAAAUAUAGUGAUGCCAGCAGGCAUUCCUCGUGUGCAAGUAUCUAAUAUCAAUUUGUUCAUGAGGACAAGGGGUCCCAUUUUUUAAAAAAUAAAUGGCCAAACAAAGCAAUGCCCCUGUUGAUUUAUUUAGUUCUUUGCUAUGUGAGCUUCCCUUGUGCUUGUCUUGUCAACCUGAGGCUGUGCCUAUUGGAAAUCAAUCAAUAUUUAACAGUGCAAAGAUGUCCAAUCCUCUCAUGGUUUAUUUAUCCACUAGCAUGAACAAAAAAAAAAAAAAUGAAAAAAGCAAAUCAGUUAUUGUCUUUCAAAAAUGAGAUUGGUUUUCUCUGGUAUCCGUUUCUAAUAUUUGAGAGAUGGAGAUUAUCCAUUUAUUCACAAACGUUUUCAUACUGAUGAUAAGCCUCAAUGUUGUUUUCACAUUCUGCAGCACAAAUAAAUAUGCUUCCCUUUUGUUCCAGGGAAUUUGCUCUGCAUCUGGCGAGAUAAUGGAAUUUAUAUCCAUGCAGUCAGAUUGCAGUACAGGAUAAAUUGUAUCAGCGUAUAUAAGAGUUUUGAGAUGUCAGAGUGCUCUUACGAUGGAUUUUCUCUGAUGGUGCAGCUCAAUGGAGGUUUCUGGAGGGUUUUAAAGCUGUAUAUGAAGACAUGUUGGCACACUUGAAAAGAGCUCUGCAUGACUGUAAUAUUAAUUCUUUUUGCUCGCCAUGUAUUUGUUUGAGAAAAGUCGAGUAUAAAUAAUAAAAUAAAUGUACAUUU